ACACACCCACCUUCUCCAUUUCUGAGACCUCUAGGUGGAAUGAAGAACAGCAGACAUGUCUCUCUCUCUGCUUUCCACAACUGCCGCAGCCCCCUCCUCUGAAAAAACUUGUGGUGAUUCUCAAAGGUCCCUCCGCACAACCAGCAAGAAAGUGGUGGUGAACUGCAUCCAAAGUGGCCUCGAGACCUUUCUCCUUUUGCUCUCUUUUCUGUCUGGUACUGCAAGUAAUCCAGUACAGAAUUCUCCCCAGUAUCAGGUGAACGGGAUCCUGGGAGGAUCAAUCGUGCUUGCUGCAAAUAUUUCCUCAGCAGAAACAGUGGACACAUCUGAAUGGGACUUCACAUCAAAACCUGGUGUGAGACUCUCGUUUGCUGAGUUCAGAGAUGGAAAGCUGGAGCGGCGGAAUCCAAGGGACAGAUUUGGGCAGAGGCUGGAAAUGGCCCGCGGGACCACACUGAGGAUCAAAGAUCUGGAGAUGGAGGACAGUGGAGUAUAUAGCGUUCGUAUGAGGUUUGUUUCAAAUCAGAUCGAAGAUCACACAUUCCACCUCACUCUUUAUGAGCCCGUUCCAGAGCCGCAGAUUCUCCCCCGAAAUGUCUCCAACAGCACAAAGAGAUGCAACGUGACCCUGCAGUGUCAGGUGUCUGGAAAGGGGGAAUUUGACAUCUCCUGGAAAAGAGGGAACUCCCCCAGGGACACAGAAGAUGGUUCCGACUGGUACCAGCUCUCUGAUAACGGCAGGGAUCUCUGCUUGUCCUGGUGGCCCACCUCCUCGGAGCCCACCUUCACCUGCCUGGUCACCAAUCCAGCUGACCAGAAGAGUGUCUCCUUCAACAUGCUCAGCAUCUGCCAAAUGGAAGGAGGUAAAGGCAGGAUCCAUUGGCAGAUGGUUCUUGGCAUUAUGCUCAUCUUGGGUGCAGCUGUGGUGACCGGGAUUUGGCUCUUGAUCUGGAAGAAAAGAAGGAAAAGAGCUGCCUCCACAGUGCCAAGGGAGGAGGAGAGUCCGCCUGAGCUCCAGUACUCCGAGAUCACAAAGAGGAGCCCCCCGGAAGGCGAUGAAGUCCAGCCAUCCAACACCAAGGUGAACAGGAAUGUUUUUCAUUCAUCAUCAGGGAGACAGAUUCACCUCACCAGGGAGGGCAUUCUGCAAACACCAUAAUUUCAACAAGCCUUCUAAGUUAAGACCUUAUCUCAGUCUGUGUCUGUGUCGGAAUUGCUUUUUAAUAUGUUUUUAAACCUUUUUUAAAAAACAGUAUGUUUUUAACCUUUUUUUCAAGACGUCUUGAAAGCUUUUUAAAAAUGUUUUUAAAGAUACUUUGUUUUAAUGGAUUUUAAAGUCUGUUUUUAUGAUGUUUUAAAGUGUUUUUAGUGCUUUUGUUUGCCGCCCUGGGCUCCUGCUGGGAGGAAGGGCGGGAUAUAAAUCAAAUAAUAAAUAAAUAAAUAAUCAUAAUAUAACUUUCUUUAAAAAAUACAGUCUACUGCAGCCAUAAAAGUAGCACCACACCACAAAUAAUGCUUCAGAAUUCAACUGAGUGGGGGGGGGAAUGACUUCAACUGUUUCUUUGACAUUUCUGCAGUGGAGGCAGCUCAAAUAUCAUGGAGAUCAGGAGGCGUUCCAGAGACGAGGGGCCCCCACCAAGAAAGUCCUGUUUAUCAUCGACCAUUGUAGCAAAGGGGCUGUUUCGUAGAGUUUGGGACUUUCUAAAAACUAAUUGUGAAAAGUGAAAAACACCUUAGCUAGGGCCCUCUGCACAAUCAGACUGGCUCUUCCCACCUCACCGAGAGUGUCACUAUUACGUAUAUUUUCCUUCUCUCCUUUCAAGCGAGGCCAACCUACCUCACACAAGCUCUGCACACCGCAGCAGCAGCCGUUGAUGGUGAUGGUAGAAAGCCUCUCCCUGUGUUAACAGUGAUGGGGGGGGGAGCAAAUGCGAUUCUAUAGAUGCGAAUCCAAUCCCUCUAAUAAUAUGCAUUCGUGGACACCUUGUUUGUUUGGAGAACUGUGUUGCUACAUUUGGAGAAUUUGAGCCAACACAGUUUCUGUGUUGUUUCAGGAAAUGUGAACCAGGUAGAUUUGCACUAGAAUGUGAGCCAAAGUGAGUUUCCAUCCCUCACUAGAACUCAUGCCAAGAGUACUUGGUCUUCUCAGCUGUUCAACAUACCCCCCCUUCUUUCCCAAAUGUCCGGACACAACACGUCCAACCACUUUGAGACCCAGAUGUGGCUUAGCAGCAUGGAGUGCUCCAGACAACCAUGCCCUUUUCCAGGCCACUCCAUUCCAUUCCCCUCCCCCAGGUCUUCCCCAAUAGAACCUCAGCAUUCUGUGUCCACUGAGCAUGCUCAGAACACAUUGCGCUAUAGGGAGGGGUUAUGUAGGAAGCAGCCUUAUACCAAAUCAGACUCUUGGUCCAUCUAGCUCAGUAUUCUCAACACUGACUGGCAGUGGCUCUCUGGGGUAACAGACAAGGUUCCUUCCCAGCUCUACCUGGAGAUACCCUUGAGCACGGGUGUUGUCAUCCAGGGUCUUGGGGGUGUGUGUCUUAGACCCUUUACUUUUUUAGGAGCUGGGUCCCAGCAGGGCCCCUAGGUCUCCUGCAUGCUGUGACCCAAUAAGCUUGAAAGGGGAGUGUGUUAGCCACUGAGAAAAGUCUUCUAACUUGCUGCCUUGCCCUUUCCUGCUGAUUGGAGCCAAUCAGAGUGAAAAAAGAUGAGUCAGAAGGCUCUUCAGGAACUCAAGCAAUAUCUCUGGCACUGAGGAAGGACAGUGACAAUGACAGAGAAGCAGAAAGCGGUCUUCGAGCCUGGCCAGAUUAUUCUAUAAUCUUAGAAGGGGGGUGGCUGUGACUUUCAUGAAGGGAUCUGGCACUUCUGAAUUUGCCACUGCACUCCUGUCCUUGGGGACUGAACCCGGGACCUUCUGCAUGCAAGGCAGCUGCUCUGCCACAGAGAUCUAGCCCUAAAUUCCACAAUGGGUUUGUUCCAAGUGACAUGACUUUUCAUACGGAAUCUUCCCAGGGAUUGUGGCUCUGUGCCAAGAAGACAGAGAAUUUUAGUAGAAUGCAGGCAUACCACAGUCUGACCAAUUUGCAUUUGUGGUUCCGAUGUGCCGUAGGGGAAAGGCGACUGUUGCCAGGGAUGAGAAAGGCUGAAGCAUUUCUGAACAAUAAACUUCCUGUUUAGCCCAACGCGUCGUGGCUCAGGACACCAAAUCUUUGUUUUUCUGGAACAGAUGGACGGAUCUUAUUUAUAUGCCGCCUUUCCACUGCGAGCUGUGCCCAAAGCGGUGCACAGCAAACAUUCAAACUAUCAAGACGACAAAGCGCUGGUGCAGGGGAGAGGAGUCAGUUUGAGAAACAUAACAAUGCGUUCAAACAGGGCAAACACAAUCAGAGCGAAUUCAGUAUAACAAAAGUCGUACUCUAAGCUUAAAUGCAUCAGUGCAAAGCAAAAAGGAAAUUAACAGCUAGUCUUAGGGACCUCAGCAGCCUGGCUUAAAUACGGCCCGGAGAGGGGGACCUUCCACCAGGCUAGAUCUCUCCUCCGAAGGAGACAAAGAGCAGCAGAAGGGAAACGCCAGGAAGGGCUGUGGUGGGAAGGCCUCUGUUCUGGAAAUUCCCACCUGGUACGGGUCUUCUUGCAGACAGAUGGCCUGUGAGUCAACAAUAUUUGACUCCUCCAGAAACAAUAUUUGCAUGAUAAAUUACUAUUUGAAUAACAGACCACAACCCUUUCACUGUUGCUCCUGGAAAUCCUCCCAUCUCGCAGCUGGUUGUGUCCGUGCCAGUCACCGCCGGCGCUAACAAUUGCUGGGCUGGUGUCCAAUGUUUGCCAUAUGCAGAGCAUGGGACCAAUGGGGUGCAUCGAACCCAGGUAUACUCAGAGUAGACCCGCUGGAAAGAAUGGGUCCUGCAUUACAAAGGCAGAAGGAGUUAUAUAGAAUCAGAAUAUAUGCAGUUCAGCUUGUCUUGACUAGAGAUGCAAUGAUCUGAGAAGUUGGUUCUCUCCAUUUUCCAUUUUUCUAAUCUUAAAUUUGGUUCUUGACCUUUCUGCAGCCAUUUGUGAUUUCUUUAAAAAAUCCUCAUGAAAAUUCUUCAGCAUAUUAGUGCAUUCAUUAUUCAUUGGCGAUCUCUCGUGGCCGAGUAAGAUUGUCUUCCAAGAUAAUUUGGCUGGGAGACGCCUGUGCGUGAAUUUGUUUUAUGUGGGGAGAUCGGCGCACGACGAUCACACAAUCUUGACAGAAAAAGGCUUUGAUCCAAUGGCAUGGAUACCACGACGAUUGGAAGUCUUUUAUCUGCUGCAGCCUUCAUCCGCCUUCACAGCCGUUGGAACAUACACAUUGUUAUCUCCCACCUGUUCUGCUGUUGAGGACAUUCUUGAAUCGUUCUUUGUCUGGUUCCUCUCCCUUGACCUUACCGCCAUGGUUGACCUUGUUGGGAGUAGAUGACUCCCGACGGCAUCGCUCAUAGGGUUCGUUGGAACACACAAGCCCACUCACCAUUACAAGGUGACGAUUCAUUCCUAAUCAAUUCCUAAUACAUGAAAAUUUCAGGAUCAAUUCCUAAUACAUGAAAAUUUCAGGAUCAAUUCCUAAUACAUGAAAAUUUUGACUAAUGGGCAGUUUUGACUAAUGUACAUAUUUUUGAAAGCAAUUUAUCUUAAUAU